AUGCAGAAGGCUGAGGACUUGGGGUGCCUUACGAUUGAAGUGACAGAGAAUACAGUGGUCUGCAGCAGAGACUCGGAGAAGGAUGCCAGAGUGGUUCCGACGCGAAAGGCCUUUCGGAUUGGCUGCCUCCAGGUGCCCGCGCCCCGCUGCGGCUGGCCGGCUGGGGGUCAGGAGCCCAUAAAUACUUCCGGCUGCCGAGAGCGGCCUCAGACUAGGCGAGCUGCCGCGCGCGCCGCUGCCUGGAGCCGCGUGGGUCCCAGUGCUGCCGGCCCGUCUCCUGUGCACCGCCCCAUGCACCUCUGCCUCAGCCACAGCCCGUCCCCGCAGCAGCUCCUGCGGGCUGGCGGAGCCCAGCUGCGGCCCCUGCGGUCCUUAAGCUCCUGUCUGGCACGACCUCCUAAACCCCAGGGCCCCAAGAAGCAGGUGGUGUUUGCAGACACGAAGGGGCUCUCGUUGACAACUGUGCACCUGUUCGAGGAUGCUGUGGGCGGAGACUCGGAGGAGGGCUCGUGUCACCUGUCCAGCUUCCCGCGCCCCGCACCCCCCCCAACCCUCUGCGCCCCGGGCCUCUCGGCCCCUGGGCCGGACUCGGGGUUUCCGGAGGCGCCAGCAGAGCCGGAGCGUGUGCCCCGAGCAGAGCGCGGGGCGGGGGCGCUGCCUGCGAGGCCCCGUGCGGGCGCGCACUCUGGCCUUCCAGAAGGCAGUGCAGACGCGCACGACCUUUGAUGCCAGCGACUCGUUCCAAGAAGCGCCCCAGCGUUGGUGGUAUAGUGGUGAGCGUAGCUGCCUUCCAGAAGCGCCCUGUGUUCACACGGCCGGUCCUUGCAGAAGCGAGACUGACAGCUUCGGCUUCCAGGUGGCGAGGUCACUAGAGUCCCCGGGCCCUGAGGACGCCAUCCGGUUCUGCAUCUCUUUAGGGUGUGCUCAGCAGCUUUUGGGGAACAACAAUCAAGGACAGAACUGUUGCGUGGUGCCCAGUUCACAGUCCUGCUCAUCAGACUGAAAUUGAACUCUCUCGAGGGCCCACAGGCUGAGCCCUCUGGGAUUACUUUUCCUGCACAGGCAAAGCUUGAUUUUCUUGCCCAGGUGGUCCGUGUUUCCUCUCUCUCCAGGAGCUUCCCCCAGACUGUUUUUGCUCCCGGAUUCAUAGUGGGAAAACCGGACUGGGGCAACUCCCAGCCACGCCCCCUCCUCGGGGGCGGGGGAGCCCAAGCCUUGAAUGCCUUGCAUUCUUCUUUCCGGGGGGCAGGCUCACUUCCUGACCGAAGGGAUGAGAUUUCCUUCCUGAAGAUGCUCGGUAUGGCACCUUUUUACCCUUCGCAGGGAAGGAAGCCUUUGGAAUGUGGAACAGGAGAAACGUAAAUAAAGCUUUUAAAUGUAAAUCUUUAAAAGGCCUGGCAGAAAGUGUCCCUUAGGGCUGGGUGGGUGGGUGGCAGAGGUCAGGAGGAGCUCUUUACAUUGAAGAUGGAGAUGCAGCACAGAAAUGUGCUUUUACUUUCCCCUCUAUCCAGAAAGGGCUAGUUUUCUGGUAACUCAAAGUCGUCUUGCCUCUUCAACUUUUGCCAAAAAAAAAAAAAAAAGUUUGUUAGAGCAUCCUCAGGAGUUCAUCUUGUAUUGUCCACCAACACCUGACCUUUCCCCCUCUUCCAGCAGAUAAGAGUCUGGGAAAACUCUGUCUACCUCCAAUAAAUGUACUUAAAAAA